AAUUUAGUGACUUCCACGGUUAAUCAUUUCCUUGUAUUGAUUAAGCGAUUCCUGCCUCUGCAACCUCAUCUCCUCGUUGAACUUCUUUAUAAAUGCCUCCACUGGCCAAUUCAACUCGUCCUGACUCAGCGAGGGUUCCUUUCUCAGCUUCAGUACUGAAGCUAGGGAGGAGCUCGCUUGCGCCGGUGACAGCUGGAAAUUGGUCCGAAACCAGAGGUUUCUCCGCUGGUAAGAGAAUCUCAAUUGGAAUCUCCGACGAAUCCAUCCCCCUCAGCGGAUUCCACUCAGAUUUUGAGGUCACCAAUUCAUCAUUAUUUCGAGCACACCGAGCCAGUGAUGGAAAGCUUGGACCUUUAAUAGAUGAUUCAGGACGUUUCUACAAGCCUCUGCAGGUUGGUGAACUUGGCUCCAGAGAGGUGGCCUUCUAUAGGGACUUCUCAACCAAUGCAGAGAUUCCAGAUUACAUCCGCAAAUUCUUUCCUGUUUUCUAUGGAACUGAGACGGUAGAGGCAUCUAAUGGGUCUGGUUUGUGCUCCCACCUCGUCUUGCAGGAUCUUGUCUCCGGUCGCUACAAUCCAUCUGUCGUGGACAUUAAAAUUGGAUCUAGAACCUGGUAUCCUGAAGCCUGUGAGGAUUGUAUUGAAAAGUGCUUGAAGAAAGAUAGAAAGAGUACCAGUGUGUCAUUAGGGUUCAGAAUAUCUGGGUUGCGUGUAUUUGAAAGCAAGGAAUCUGGAUUCUGGAAACUAGGGAAAAAGCAAGUGUCAAAUUUCACUUCGAGGAUGUUAGAUUAGUUCUGAGGAAGUUUGUUUCAUCUAAUCCUUCUGUCUAUUCAAAAAAACCCAAAUUGUUCACUUGCACAUAGUGUUUAUGGUGGUUCAUCUGGAAUUUUGGCACAAUUAUUGGAUCUAAAAGCAUUGUUUGAGAAUCAAACCAUCUAUCAUUUCCAUUCUUGUUCGUUUCUCAUGUUUUGUGAAAACUGAAAAGGAGAAAUUGCUGGAAGAAAGAACUUCUGUUGCC